AGCUCAUCCAUCUCACAUCCAUUCCAACCCUAAACCAGCACCAAAGGAUGAACCACCUUUCUCAUCCUCCCAUGUUAUCAUGGGUUCUGGUUUUAGCUCUUCUUUCCCAAACCCUAGUUAUCAUACCAGUUAUCUCCACUCUUGAUCAAGACCAAAAGACCUACUACCCAGCUCCAUCAGGUGGCAGCAGCGGUUCUUAUGGGAAUCCAUCUCCACCCCAUAGCUCCGGCGGUGGUGGUCAUCAUCACACUCCUAGCCACUCUAGUCCUAACUGUGGAAACCCUCCUCACAAAACCCCGUCCCAUAAACCUCCAAGCUCCGGUGGAUACACCCCGAAACCUCCUAGUACCGGAGGUGGUGGUGGCAGCUACACCCCUACCCCGACACCUCCAAGUACUGGAGGUGGUGGUGGCGGGUACACCCCUACCCCGACACCUCCAAGUACUGGAGGUGGUGGUGGCGGCGGUUACACACCUACACCUACGGUACCUACACCUACACCCACAGUACCUACACCGACCCCUGAUCCCCCAAGUACCGGAGGUGGUGGUGGAUACACCCCGACCCCUGAUCCUCCAAGUACCGGCGGUGGUGGUGGAUACACCCCGACCCCUGAUCCUCCGAGUUCAGGCGGAGGUGGAUACUACAACCCACCAUCAACUCCCGACGGUGGAAGUCCUCCAUUAGUCGAUACCCCACCCAUCAGUUAUUCCCCACCGGACUACUCACCUCCGAUUAGCUACUCACCGCCAACUGUACCAAUUGACCCGGGAACUCCUACCUUUCCUGGUUCCAACCCACCUUAUACAUGCAUAUAUUGGGGAAAUCAUCCGGAUAUGAUAUGGGGUUUGUUGGGAUGGUGGGGAACCGUCGGAGGAGUUUUUGGAGUGGUUCCGGUUAUAUCACCAUCGUUGAGUUUACAACAAGCCCUUUCGAACAAUCGACUUGAUGGUGUUGGAUCCCUAUAUAGAGAAGGAACGGCUUCACUACUAAACUCCAUGAUCGACAGAAACUUUCCUUUCUCGACUCAACAAGUUAAGGACAGUUUUGUAGCAUCGGUUGUUUCCGACAAGACCGCCUUAAACCAAGCCCAAGUCUUUAAGCUAGCAAAUGAAGGUCGUCUAAAUAAGAAACAUCAUUAGAUGUUUGGUUUCUAAUUAAUUUGUUGUUUGUUUAAUUUACAUUUGGUUUGUUUGCAUGCAUGCAUGGAUAUUUAAUCAGUUUGGUUUGUUUGUUUGUUUGAUGUUGCAUUUUGUGUGUUUUUAUUUAAUUAGUUUGAGAGACUAUGGGUUAUAUCAUGUUAUAAUUGAUAUAUUAAGACUAAUAUUUAAGAAUAUUUAUUA